AUGGGUGAGUAUGAAAAGGCACUUAUAUUUCAUCGAAAAGCAUUAGAUAUUCAAAAAAGUGUUAAAGGUAAUCCUUUGGAAUGUGCAACAACAUACAUAAAUUUAGGCGAAACUUACCGAGAAAUGAAAGAUUAUACAACAGCAUUGGUAUAUUUGAAAAAAGGAAUAGAAAUUCAUAAAAGUAAACUACCAAAAAAUCAUCCUGAUUUAGCGAUUAGCUAUCACAAAAUGGCAAAAUUACAUUUAGCUACGCAACAAUAUGAUAUGGCAAUGAAAAAUGUUCAACAAGCGAUAGAAAUUUCUCAAGAGAAAUUGCCUUUAAAAUCGUUCGCAUCUAUUGAAUUAUAA